AUGCUGUUGAAGAAUUGGGAGACGGACAAGCAGCGAGAUAUACGAUAUACAUGCUUGUUUAAUGAACUGGAUAUUAAGGGAAAUGGUAAAGUUACUCUAGAUAACCUUGUAAAUGCUUUUGAGAAGAACGACCAUCCCCUCAAGGGUAAUGACGAGGCAAUAAAAAUGCUUUUUACUGCGAUGGAUGUAAACAAAGACUCCAUAGUUGAUAUGAAUGAUUUCAAGAAGUACGCUUCCAAUGCUGAAUCCCAAAUUUGGAACGGUUUUCAGAGGAUAGACUUAGACCACGACGGUAAAAUUGGCAUCAACGAAAUAAACAAGUACUUGUCUGACUUGGACAAUCAGAACAUAUGCAAUAAUGAGCUUAAUCGUGACCUCUCCAAUGAAAAGAUGAAUAAAUUCUCGAGGUUUUUUGAAUGGGCGUUUCCAAGAAAGAAAAGCAAUAUUACACUACAGAAUCAAACUACUCGUAGGGACGAUAUUGAUUACGACCAUCCAAGGCAAACAACCAACACAGAUUUAUACGUCACAUAUGACCAAUGGAGAGACUUUUUACUGUUGAUACCGAGGAAACAGGGUUCUAGACUUCAUACAGCUUACUCCUACUUCUACCUAUUCAACGAAGAUGUUGAUCUAUCAUCAGAGGGUGACGUUACUCUCAUUAAUGAUUUCAUUCGUGGAUUCGGAUUUUUUAUUGCAGGCGGUAUCUCAGGUGUCGUUUCAAGGACUUGUACCGCGCCAUUUGACAGGUUAAAAGUGUUUCUCAUUGCAAGAACAGAUUUGUCCUCGAUUCUGUUAAAUUCAAAAACCGAUCUCCUUGCUAAAAAUCCAAAUGUUGAUAUAAACAAAAUAUCGUCUCCAUUAAAAAAGGCCGUUAAGAGUUUGUACAGACAGGGCGGGAUAAAGGCAUUUUAUGUUGGGAACGGUUUGAACGUUAUAAAGGUUUUUCCAGAAAGUUCAAUUAAGUUUGGUUCUUUUGAAAUCACCAAGAAAAUAAUGACCAAAUUAGAAGGAUGUCAUGACACAAAAGAUCUUUCAAAGUUCUCCACUUACAUCGCCGGUGGUUUAGCUGGUAUGGCAGCACAGUUUUCUGUUUAUCCUAUAGAUACUUUAAAAUUUAGAGUACAAUGCGCUCCUCUAGAUACAAAAUUAAAGGGAAAUAAACUCCUUUUUCAGACCGCCAAAGAUAUGUUCCGAGAGGGUGGGUUCAGGCUUUUUUACAGAGGUGUCACAGUCGGUAUAGUGGGUAUAUUUCCUUAUGCUGCAUUGGACUUGGGGACGUUCUCAGCCUUGAAGAAAUGGUAUAUCGCCAAACAAGCAAAAGCGCUAAACCUACCACAAGAACAGGUCACACUGAGCAAUUUAGUUGUUCUUCCAAUGGGUGCAUUUAGCGGAACUGUGGGUGCUUCUGUCGUCUAUCCAAUUAAUCUUUUGAGAACAAGACUGCAAGCUCAAGGAACAUAUGCACAUCCUUAUGUGUAUAACGGCUUCAGAGACGUAUUACUAAAGACACUCGAAAGGGAAGGUUAUCAAGGGUUAUUUAAGGGCUUGGUGCCCACUUUAGCCAAAGUCUGUCCGGCUGUUUCAAUCAGUUAUUUAUGUUACGAAAACCUGAAAAAGUUCAUGAAGCUCGAAUAG